AGUCAGGUAGAAAAAUGUCAGAAAAAAGUAAAAAGACGGACAUCAGAGUAUUUUUCAGUACACCAAAACGCAAAGUAAGAACUCUAGUAGCCUAAUAUCUCAAAGACGAGUUGAUAAAAUGUUCAUAAGAAGUGAAAUGCUAAUGGAAAUGUUUCACAAUGAUGUCAUUAGGUAGAGCAGGCAACAGAUGGCACACAGACAGCUGAGUUGGGGACAGAUAUGCAGGGACAGACUGGCAGAGACAGGGAGUCUCAGGAGUCAGACUGUGAGUCAGUGAGGGUGGUGAAAGGGAAAGAGCCAAGGAGAGAGACUUCAGAGGACAGUGUCACAGCCACGGCAGGACCAGGUGUCACCCUUGUUGCCAGCAGCAUCAGUAUAGGGGACAGUGGCACAGCAUCGUCCAGUUACCUCAGUGAUGGCACAAAACCAUAUCAGCCACACCCACAAUUUAUAGAACCGCAAACUCUUGCCAACAGAGUGUUGACGUUUCAAGAGAGAUGGUUUCGCGAUUUCCCCUGGCUACAUUAUAAUCCAUCAAUAAAAGGAGUGUUGUGUUUUCACUGUAGCCAAGGGUUUUCAAGCCAGCCAUCUUUUGGCCAAAGAGCAGAUGCUGCCUUCAUUAGUGCAGGAUUUAGGAACUGGAGAAAAGCCAUUGAAAAAUUCACAGCACAUCAAAACUGCCAAACCCACCGCCACUUUGUAACUGUAACAGCACACCAGCUAAAUCCAAUCAGUGUCCAGUUAUCCAGCGCGUGGGGUAAACAGCAGGAGGACGCAAGGCAUUGCUUGAUGAAAAUUGUUAGUUCGGUGCGGCAUGUAGUAAGACAGGGACAAGCCUUUAGAGGCCACACGGAUGACAAUGGGAAUUUAUACCAGCUUUUGAAACUCAGGGCAGAAGAGGAUGAUCCCAUUUUACUGAAGUGGUUAACAGAGCGUACCACAAUGUACACAGGCCCCAAAGCACAGAAUGAAAUUCUGAACAUCAUGGCCAAUACAGUCAUUCGAGGCAUUGCAGCUGAGAUUAGGUCUCUUCCGAUUGUACAAUUUUCAUUAAUUGUUGAUGGUACUCAAGAUGUCUCUGGUGCUGAACAGGAGAGUGUCUGUCUGCGUUAUGUUGACCAUGACCUUGUCCCUCACGAGGACUCGCCUGUUGUCUCCGACACCCUGUCUCUGGUAUGCAGGCUGCAGUCGAGUGUGUGCGGUCAUCUCUUAGGGGCAAGAGAAAUGACGAAAGCUACCUUGCACUGUAUGAGAAAGCAACAACUUUGAUUGACUCUAUUGAAUCCAUUGAAUCCAUUGAGACGCACUCAAGACGAUUUGCUGGCAAAUCAGUGGAUCACUAUAGGGCAGAAUUUUUUUAAGUGUUGGAUGGUGUGGAGGUUCAGUUUGGCGACCGUUUUGACCAGGACAGUCUAAACGUCCUGCAAAAGUUGGAAAGAGCGCUUCUCACGGGCGAGUUGGAUGAGUCUCUAGAUCAGUACCCUGAGCUGAACAUAGAUUCUCUUUCAGUGCAGAUCCUUCUCUUUCACAACAAAUACCCCUGUAGCAGCAGUGGAGAGGCAGCAGAGGUCCUCAGGAGGCUUCCAGUGGAGGUGCGGGGGUUGUUUGACCAAGUUGAGGUGCUGAUCAGAAUUUUGUUUGUGGUGCCAGUGUGUUCAUGUGAGGCUGAGAGGAGUUUCAGUGCACUCCGCAGGUUAAAGACUUGGCUACGGGCCAGCAUGGGCCAAGAGAGACUGAACGGCGUAGUUGUCUGUAAUGUACAUAAAGACAGGCUGGACAGUCUCAAGAGGGAAAAUAUCUGCCAGCAAUUUGUUGGAUCCAUUGAAACCCGCAAACAUAUGUUCGGUUCUUUUGUUCAGUAGUGUGUAUAGCAGUGGUUCUCAACCUUUUUUGGGUAC